CCGACCGCGCCGUCGUCUGCUUCUUCUGCGACGAGCCCGCCGUGCACGAGCAGCACCAGGUCACCAACGUGGACGAUGCUUUCGAGGAGCUGCAGCGUCGGGUCCCGUCCGUCUGUCCCUGCGCCCCUUCCCGCCCUGCCCUGCCCCUCCUCAAACGGCAGCUGGCUGAGACCAAGUCCUCAGCCAAGAGCCUGCGGGUGACUAUCGGGGAGGCGUUCGAGCGGCUGCACCGGCUGCUGCGGGAGCGGCAGAAGGCGAUGCUGGAGGAGCUGGAGGCGGACACGGCGCGGACGCUGACCGACAUCGAGCAGAAGAUCCAGCGCUACAGCCAGCAGCUCCGCAAGGUGCAGGAGGGCAGCCAGAUCCUCCAGGAGCGCUUGGCCGAAGCCGACAAACACGUCUUUUUAGCCGGCGUCGCGUCUCUUUCUGAGAGGCUGAAGGGGAAGAUCCACGAGACCAACUUGACCUACGAGGACUUUCCCACCUCCAAAUACACGGGGCCGCUGCAGUACACCAUCUGGAAAUCCCUUUUCCAGGAUAUCCAUCCCGGUGAGCGGCGCGGGGAUGGGCUGGCUGCAGGGGGUUCCCGGGGAGGGCUGGGCUUGAAGCUGGCCAACAUCGUGGAGCGGUACAGCGCCUUCCCCUUGGACGCCAUCCUGGGCGCCCAGCGCAGCCCCUUCCCCUGCAAGGACCACGAGAAGGUCAAGCUCUUCUGCCUCACCGACCGCGCCGUCGUCUGCUUCUUCUGCGACGAGCCCGCCGUGCACGAGCAGCACCAGUCCUCAGCCAAGAGCCUGCGGGUGACUAUCGGGGAGGCGUUCGAGCGGCUGCACCGGCUGCUGCGGGAGCGGCAGAAGGCGAUGCUGGAGGAGCUGGAGGCGGACACGGCGCGGACGCUGACCGACAUCGAGCAGAAGAUCCAGCGCUACAGCCAGCAGCUCCGCAAGGUGCAGGAGGGCAGCCAGAUCCUCCAGGAGCGCUUGGCCGAAGCCGACAAACACGUCUUUUUAGCCGGCGUCGCGUCUCUUUCUGAGAGGUGGGCGUUCGGCGGUGGGGUCCACUACUGGGAGGUGGUGGUCUCCGAGAAGACCCAGUGGAUGAUCGGCUUGGCCCACGAAGCCGUCACCCGCAAGGGCAGCAUCCAAAUUCAACCCAGCCGUGGGUUUUAUUGCAUCGUCAUGCACGACGGCAACCAGUACAGCGCCUGCACCGAGCCCUGGACCCGGCUCAAUGUCAAGGGCAAGCUGGAGAAGGUGGGGGUCUUCCUGGACUACGACAAGGGGCUCCUCAUCUUCUACAACGCCGACGACAUGUCCUGGCUCUACACCUUCCGGGAGAGGUUUCCCGGCAAGCUCUGCUCCUACUUCAGCCCCGGGCAGAGUCACGCCAACGGGAAGAACGUCCAGCCCCUCCGGAUCAACACCGUCCGCAUCUGA